GUUCUCGUUCCGUGUUCACCGUGUUGUAUAUUGUAAAUAUUGAUGUGAAAAAUAAAGUAAUUAUUUAUUUAUAACUAAAAUAUUUCUCAUCUGCGAAGACGAAUCGUGUAACUUAUAAAAUGCAACGAAAAACACCGAUUUGGGUCGUUAUUCGUAUGUAAAAGUACAAAUGAACGGUUUCAGUACAGGUGAGGAAGAUUCAAGAGGCCCUACUGACCAAAUUUGUUGUUUAAUUGAUAACGGAGAACGUUGUUGCAAACCAGCCGGCAACGCAUCAUACAGUAAAAGAAUUCAGAAGACAGUUACUCAGAGGAGAUUAAAUUUAAACAUCGAUAAUUCUGUAAGACAUAUAUACAUCUGUGAUUUCCAUAAAAUGAUCAUUCAGUGUGCAAGAACAAAAAGACGAAGGAAAGAUUCUGAAGAUGACUCGAAUGAAACUGACACGGAUGUUCCUGAAGUAGAUUUGUAUCAACUUCAAGUUAAUACAUUAAGACGAUAUAAAAGACAUUACAAAGUUCCAAUGAGGCAAGGGUUAAAUAAAGCUCAGUUAGCGGAUACUCUAAUGAAACACUUUAAGACAAUACCUGUGAAGGAAAAGGAAGUUGUAACAUUUUUCAUCUAUACUGUAAAAACAAAUGCAAACAAAUUAGAUCAGAAGAAUGGGAUAAACAAUGACACAAACUGAGAUGUGAAAAACAAAGGGAACAGUUAAGAAUAAAACAAUCCAGUAAUUACAUGUUUAUUUAUUGUUUAUAUAUAUAUAUACAUUUAAUUUUUUAAUUUUUUUUUGU